AUGCUGCUGAGGCUCGUCGUGCGGGGGCUGCAGAGGGGGCUGGUGGUGCUGGCGGCGGGAUCGUCGUCGUUGUCCUCCUCCUCCUCCUCUCCUCGCCGGCGAUCGGCGGCGGGGGAGGAGGAGCUGGUGAAGAAGGGCCACUUUGUGGUGGUGGCCGCCCGUGGGGACGAGCCCGGGAGGAGAUUCGUGGUGUCGCUGCGUUGUCUGUCGCACCCGAGGUUCCUGGACCUGCUGACCAUGGCAGAGGAAGAGUUCGGGUUCUGCCAGGAGGGGGCGCUCGCCAUCCCCCUCCAGUCGAGUGAGCUCGAGGGGAUACUGAGAGAGCUCUGA